AUGUCGAUAUCUUGGAAGCAAUGGCCAUCACCAUCACGAUCUUUUGCUAUUGAGAUUCGUCGUCAUAGAAGAUUGUGGUUUUGGACAAAUUGCUGUGAUUCAUCCAUCCAUCUGUUGACUCGAGCAGGAGUCCCAAACGUAUCAUCUUCGCACAGGACGCAUAGCACUCUGACGCUCGCACGUUUAUUAGCACCAGGGGGGCCAAGUUUGAUUGUUGCUAGUUUGGUGUUUAAAGACGACGUGCCGGUGCCGCGCUGA